CAACCUCUCGCCCCGACGCCCGCUUCCCACCAGCUUCACGCGCCCCUCUGCAUCCCGCUGUCGUCGUCGCCGCCGCCGCCCUCGAUUGACCCGCCAUGUCGGUCAAGUUUGACAAGGAAACCUUUCACUCGGCCGCCGACGCGGCCUCGCACCACAAGGACGACCUGAUGCACGAGAUUGGGCAGGCCAUCACCCAAGGCGGCGGCCCCAAUGGAUACCUCGCAGCCUACCUCAGGCAGCUGCAGAGCAAUCCGCUGCGCACCAAGAUGCUGACCUCGGGUACCCUCUCCGGCCUGCAAGAGUUUCUGGCCUCGUGGAUUGCCCACGACCGGAGCAAGUCGGGCCACUACUUCACCUCGCGCGUCCCCAAGAUGGCCAUCUAUGGCGCCUUUAUCAGCGCGCCCUUGGGCCACGUCCUGAUCACCGCGCUCCAGAAGCUGUUCCAGGGCCGCAAGAGCCUCAAGGCCAAGGUGCUCCAGAUCCUCGCCAGCAACCUGCUCGUUGCGCCCAUUCAGAACAGUGUCUACCUCAUCUCCAUGGCCCUCAUUGCCGGCGCACGCACCUUCCACCAAGUCCGCGCUACUGUCAAAGCCGGUUUCUGGCCCGUCAUGAAGGUCAGCUGGGUCGUCUCGCCCAUCUCGCUGGCUUUUGCCCAGCAGUUCCUCCCCGAGACGACCUGGGUGCCCUUCUUUAACAUUGUCGGUUUCAUAAUCGGCACAUAUAUCAACACUCACACCAAGAAGAAGCGAUUGGCCGCUCUCAGGCGAAAGCACUACGGCGAGGGCGGCGGAAGGCCCGCUUCCCGCCCCGGCUCUCGUCCUGGCUCUCGCCCUGGCUCUCGCCCUGGCUCAAUCAGCGGAAGGACUGUCGACGAAUACGGUCGUCCUGACGACCGCCCACGUUACUAAUUACCCGGGCCAAGCGGUGACGGCGCAUCCAUGUCCGGAGAGUCCUGUUCGCUGUUCUGCCCGGAUCCAAUGUGGCAAGCGUCCACCAUCAAUGACAGCCCUUUGCUUAUGUGUUACGACAUCGGGGGGAAGGAGAUUCGGCUAUUGGUCAGGCGCUUCAGCAUCCAGUGCGCUUUCAUUCUCGCUCCUCUUACGUGCUAUCUAUAUCCCAUCUGUUUUCUGUUCUAUGAUUGGAGCCGCGACUGGCUUCGCUACAUAUAUUAUUAUACCAUGCUUAACUUUUGCUUGCUCAGUCCUGCAUUAUCUGCUGCUACUCUUGUCACGCAACAUCUGUGCUGUACUAACGUGGGAAUUAUCAGGUCAACUGCGGAACCGCUCCCAUGGUUGUCUCACUACUGUCAACGUGCCCGUGGGAUCCAGCAAUCAGCCUUGUGUAGC